AUGAUGAGUGAUGAAAUAGUUCUAUUGGAUUUUUGGCCAAGUCCAUUUGGGAUAAGGGUCAGAAUUGCCUUGGCAGAAAAAGAAGUUAAAUAUGAAUACAAGGAAGAUGUUAAGAAAUAUCUCAGAGAAAAAAGUCCGUUACUUCUGAAAAUGAAUCCAAUUCACAAGAAAAUUCCUGUUCUGAUCCAUAAUGGAAAACCUAUCACUGAAUCCCUUAAUAUCGUGGAAUACGUCGACAAAGUUUGGAACCAAAAAUCUUCACUCUUGCCUGCUGAUCCUUAUCAAAGAGCUUUAGCAAGGUUUUGGGCUGACUACAUCGACAAAAAGGUUUAUGAUGGUGGGAAGAAAAUCUGUAUGAGUAAAGGUGAAGAACUAGAGAAAGCGAAGAAAGACUUCAUUGGUAUCUUGAAGGUAUUAGAAAGCGAGCUCGGAGAGAAGCCUUACUUUGGUGGUCAGAGAAUGGGGCUUGUAGACGUGGCUUUGAUUCCAUUUUACAGUCGGUUUUACUCGUACGAGAAAGUUGGGAAGUUUAGUAUCGAAGAAGUGUGUCCCAAAUUAGUCAGUUGGGGAAAGAAAUGCAUGGAGAAUGAGAGUGUUUCUAAGUCGCUACCUGAUCCAGAGAAAGUCUUUGAGUUUAUGUUGGUACUCAAGAAGUGGAUUGGAGUUGACUAG